UUGCCUAAACAGUUGUCGUCGCUCUAUGACGUCACCCGGAACUUUAUCGGUCAGCCGUAAUUCAUGAACGUCCGAAGGGAACACGAAUAGACAGUAUUAUUGUAUAAGGUCGGAGAGCAUCAUAGGUCACAGAAAAUAGAUCAGUUGUGUAAAUAAGGGUGUGGCAGUGUAUUUCAAGUGCAGCUGUAAAAUUUAUAGUUGAACCAAUCAAAAAGUUUUCGCUCUGAAAGGUUCACCAGAAUGGACAGCGCAGGAAGAUACUCAGGGAAUGGGGAUGAUGGGGUGGCCGGUGCUCAGAGCAAUCCACAAAACCAUGCUGCCCAGAAACGCCUUCAGCAGACACAGGCAAAAGUUGAAGAGGUAGUGGGCAUCAUGCGCGUCAAUGUCGAGAAAGUACUCGAACGUGAUCAAAAGUUAUCAGAAUUAGAUAACCGUGCAGAUGCACUGCAGCAGGGAGCAUCACAGUUUGAGCAGCAGGCUGGCAAACUGAAGAGAAAAUACUGGUGGAAGAACCUCAAGAUGAUGAUCAUCAUGGGGGUAAUUGCGCUGUUGUUAAUUACAGUCUUAAUUGUGUGGGCAACAUCAGGUUCAUCCAGUGAUGAGCCUGCUGCACCACCAGUGACACCAGCUACUGUAACACCAUCAGGCCACAAGUAGCCUACAAGAAACACACAUAUAUCACAGCAGCCUUAAUUUACAAUCUAGACGAAGAUGUGAAUAAUAUUUUUUGAGACCAUGUACAUCAGCUAGGAACAUUGUGAAGAUUUGGCACAGUUCCCCCUCCCCCCCGGAGGGGGGGUUGGGUUGAAAAUAAUCCUUUAGCAUAAAGGAAAGACAUGAUUCUGUUUAUUAAUUUGCUUAUUGGUUCCUGGAAAACGAAUGUGCCACCACACUUUGUAGGCUUGCAUAAUAUAUAAAUAUAUUUGUAUAAUUUAAUGACGUUACUGCUAAGAAGAUUGUUUAUGUUGUUAAUGCGACAGUAUGCCUUACUCACUCAAGAUUAAAUUAGUCCUUUGAAAGUUUAAAGCGCCAGGAAUGAAAUUGCAUAAGAGUAAACUUGCAUAUGCCGAUUCAUCGGUCUCAUUGGAGCAAAUUCGCGUUAAUGAAACACAUAAUUGCAGAGAUGACUGUAUUUAUAAUUUUUAUUAAAAAUCAGCGAUGUAAGAAUUACGAUUUAGUAUGAGAAACGUAAAAUGUUAUAAUAGUAAAAAAAAAAAUUCACUUUUUGACUUGCUGGUUUCAAAAGCGGCGCAAAUCAAGGGUUACCUGUACACAGAAAAUAACAAGAAAAGAAAAUGUUGAUGGUGAAGCACCCAACAUUUAUGAAAGUUCCUCCCUAUUAUUGAUGCACAAAAAGAGAAUCUUGCUAAUGAAAUUUGUGCUUAGUCUCCCCCUUGUUGGGUAGACGAAGCUCUUGAUUGCUUAUAUUAAGGACAAUUACAGAGAUGUAGCCAAAGUACCAAUGAACUGUCAGGACCUCUAUCACUUUAUAUCAAAGAUAAAAUUCAGUUGGUAUUCCUACUGUAGAAACAAUGUUGAGAUUAUUUUUAUGUCUUAUGGUUAUAAACUGCCCAGGAGAAAGAGUUUUUGUGUUUAAAACAUAUAAUGAACAGUGGACAACCAUGUUGCAAGAAAAAGCUCUGCUCUUAAGUACCACGUGCACUGAAAGUGACAGAUGUCCCAGCUUAUCUUUUGAACGUAACAAUAACUUUCCUAACCAAAUAUCAUUAAGAAAUAACACUUUCAGGUGUCUUAAUGAUCAUCCACUUGGUAAGAAUAACCUUUUUUGAAUUUUAGGGGCCUCAUAAACUUGACAUAACUUAGGGCCUUGGAUGGUCAAAGUCUGGCCCUGGAUGCAGCAAUAUAAUGCAUGAAGAUAGCCUACUUGCCGAGAUCCUGAGUUUUGUCCGGCACUAGCUAAAUGUAUUUUCAGAGUCUUUUAUAUUCAAGUCUCCAAUAUCUGUAAUGUACAAAUAAUUAAAGUAAAUCUUGAUAUAUUA